AUGGCGUUGCACGGCAACCUGCUGGUGUUGCUCGUGUUGCUUGCGCUCGCCGCGGCAGCCGUCGCGACAGGUGGGCCACACCAGGGUACAUCGGCGCCGCUCGAGCUGGUCACCGCCGCGCCGGGGGCGUCCCUGGCCGAGCGGGCGAGGGACGACCGGCUUCGGCACGCGUACAUCUCCGAGCGGCUGGCGCGCGGCGGAGAUGGACGGCGGCGCGCGGCGGAGGUGGGGGCGUCGGCGUUCUCCAUGCCGCUGUCGUCAGGGGCGUACAGUGGCACGGGGCAGUACCUCGUGCGCCUCCUCGUGGGUACGCCCGCGCAGCAGUUCUUGCUGGUGGCGGACACCGGCAGCGACCUUACCUGGGUCAAGUGCCGCGGCCCCGACGGCGCCUCCCCGCGAGGGAACGUGUUCCGGCCCGCCGACUCCAAGUCGUGGGCGCCCAUCCCGUGUUCGUCGGACACGUGCAAGUUGGACGUGCCCUUCUCCCUCGCCAACUGCUCCAAGCCCGCGAGCCCCUGCACCUACGACUACCGGUACAAGGAAAGCUCGGCUUCGGCGCGCGGCGUGGUGGGCACCGAUUCGGCGACCAUCACGCUGUCUGGCGGCCGCAAGAGCGCGACGCUGCAGGGCGUGGUCUUGGGCUGCACCACCUCGCACGUCGGCCAGAGCUUCCGGGCAACGGACGGCGUGAUAAGCCUCGGGAACAGCAAGAUCUCCUUCGCGUCCCGCGCCGCCGCGCGCUUCGGGGGCCGCUUCUCCUACUGCCUCGUCGAUCACCUCGCUCCGCGCAACGCCACCGGCUACCUCACCUUCGGCCCCGGGCCCGAGACUCCGCGGUCCCAGACGCCGCUGCUGCUCGACCCCGAGAUGCCAUUCUACGGUGUGACGGUGCAGUCCAUCCUCGUGGCCGGCAAGGCCCUCGCCAUCCCCGGCGAGGUGUGGGACGUCAAGAAGGGGGGUGGCGUCAUCCUCGACUCCGGCACGACCCUGACGAUCCUCGCCACCCCGGCGUACAAGGCCGUGGUCGCGGAGCUGAGCAAGCAUCUCGCCGGUGUUCCGAAAGUGAGCUUUGGCCCGUUCGAGCACUGCUACAACUGGACGGCACGCCGCCCGGGAGCGCCGGAGAUUCCCAAGCUGGCGGUGCAGUUCGCCGGGUCGGCACGGUUCGAGCCGCCUGCGAAGAGCUACGUGAUCGACGUGAAGCCGGGCGUGAAGUGCAUCGGCUUCCAAGAGGGCGAGUGGCCCGGGGUGUCCGUCUUCGGCAACAUCUUGCAGCAGGAACACCUCUGGGAGUUCGACCUCAAGAACCGGAUGGUCAGGUUCAAGCAGACGACCUGCACCCGAUGAUCGUAAUGCAUCGUGACCUUGCUGACUUUGCUAGGGCAUUCGAGCGAAUGACUUCGUGAAAGCAAAUAUAUA